UCCCGCGCAGACGCGGCUCGGCCGGGAAGGCCUAUCUCUGCGCCCGCGGUCCCGCCCGACCCCAGCUCAGGCCAAGCGGGCCGGGUCCCCGCAGCGGGGCGGGCCGGGGGCUCGCAGGCAGACGAGCCUCCCGAGGGUCCGGCGGCGGGGCAGGGCCCGGGAAGCGGGCAAUGGAGGAUUAAGGAGGACUCGAGCGCGGUCCGCGCGAAGCAUCCUGGGUAAAAAGUGGCCGCGGCGCACCGGGCGAGCGCGGAGAGAAGUCGGGGUCAGAGGUCAAGGCCCUGGAGCCCCGCGCGCUGAGCCCCCCACGUGAACGCAGUGAGCGGGAGGAACCUUUUUGUUUGCCACUGCGCAAGCAUGCUCCCCUAUUGACCGAGCUGCUUUUUUCCCCCGGGCCGCUGGAGAGAAGGGCUCCUGCGCACAUCAGCUCACCCCAACCCCACCCCCAACUCAGCCGAACUCUCCCCUUCCUCUCAAGUCCCAUCCCAGCCCCCAGGACCGAGCUGGCAAUAACGCUGUAAAUUUGCUUUAACAACAAGUGGGGGUGGUUGCAUUUACUCCUCCCUCUCCUCUCCUCCCCCUCUUGCUGCGGCUCUUGACACUACUACAAACCAGGACUAUAAACAUAAACAUGUGUCACUGUAACAGGGCAGAGGCCGCUGACAUGGUCAACAAAAUUAUCAAAGAAACCCCCUGGCUUUUGAAGGAUAGUACUUUAUACAUCUGGAUCUGCACAUCCAGGCAAACCAUACCUCCUUGUGCUAGUCUAUCAGAGCAAGAGAAGCUGGAACUUUUGACUGUGAAGGAAGAAAUUACCGUAUGUUUUUUUUCUUACAGGCUCAGAAAUAUCCGUUUAUUCUUUAAAACACUCGGGUGUGUCUAUUUUGAGAACAAGGAAACAUAAAUGCCUGCGUUGCAUUUAUGCUGUAGUUGCAAGCACAGAACAGUUAAGAUUUUGCCAAAUUUUGCAGAGCAGCCAACAAAUGCCUUGGGAUCUUGGUAUUGCAACUGGGAAGCUCCUUGCUCUCCUUUGACAAUAUUUUGGAUAACCUUGAAAAUGACACAAAAUAUGCCUUCAAUUGGUCAUGAAGAGGUGAAGUAAGAUUGAUAUUCAUCCAAAAUAAAAUUUCAAAGGCUUGACUUUCAUGGAAAAAAUGGGAGUUAUGGAAGAUUCAUUUAAACUACCCAGCAAAAGCAUCGCAGACCACUGGAAAUAGUCUACAUCGUACAUCAGCACUUUCUUUUCACCAUUAUUCCAUAAAACCUUUGGAAGCACCUUGGGCGGUUCACAUUUUCUUUUCUUUGCUGCAGAAGCAAUCUCUUCCUAGGAAUCCUGACCUGUGGUGAACAGGACCCUAGCAAAGGCUACACUGGGGACUCCUGGUCGAUCCUGCCUCCAAUCCAGUCUGGUUAAUUGUGAAAAGUGUACACAUUUCUGGCUUAUCUAUGCUUUGUUAUGGGGUCUGACGUGAAACUACCUCCUCCCCACCCCACCUCCCAGCAGAGAACCAAAAUCCAGUUGAAUUGUUACAGUGUUUCAGAGCUGGAGCCUUGAACUGCUUUCUUGGUCAAAUAACUUUGUUUCUGGUAGUAAAAAAGACAUUUCAGGAAAAAUAAAAAAGGAAAAUCAAGAGAAAUUCAAAACCAGGAUGCCUUGAGACAUACGCAGCAUCUGGUGGAGGAUUAACAUACAUACAUGUGUAUGUAUGCGUCACGUAUAUAUUUAUUGCAAAUGGUGGGGCUCAUUUAGUGCCCGAGAUGGGAGACCUGAAGUCAGGGUUUGAAGAGGUGGAUGGCGUGAGGCUCGGCUACCUCAUCAUUAAAGGCAAGCAAAUGUUUGCCCUCUCCCAAGUCUUCACGGAUCUGCUGAAGAACAUCCCGAGGACCACCGUGCACAAGCGCAUGGAUCAUCUGAAAGUGAAAAAGCAUCAUUGCGACCUAGAGGAGUUGCGGAAACUCAAGGCGAUCAAUAGCAUCGCCUUCCAUGCGGCCAAAUGCACUCUCAUCUCUCGGGAAGAUGUGGAAGCGCUCUACACCUCCUGCAAAACCGAGCGGGUGCUCAAGACCAAGCGCAGGCGGGCCGGACGGGCCCUGGGCGCCCAGGCGCCGCCGCCCCCGCCACCGCCGCCCCCGCCGCCCCCGUCGCCGCCCCCGCCGCCGGAGCGCGCCGCCGCCGCGGGCCCCCGCCCGGCCUUCUGGAAGGACAGGCAGCAACUUUGGCGGGGCCUGAACGGCGCGGCGCGGCCCCUGCCAAUCAGCGCGCAGUCCCCGCGCCCGGGCGCCCAGCUACCUCAGCUUUUCAGCAAAUACCCAGGCGCGCACUACCCGGAGCUCGCGCGCUCGCCCUGCAAGCCCCCUCUGCACUACGAGCCCGCGCCGCUGCAGGGCGGCUAUGUCGCCUUCCACUCGGACCCCGCUUCCUGGCGGAGCCUGCUGUGCAGCAAGCACCCAGCCGCCGCUGCCGCCGCUGCCGCCGCCGCUGCCGCCGCCGCCGCCGCCGCCGCCUACUACCAGGCGGCCGGGCCCCAGCCCAAGGCGGCGGCCGGGAGCGCGGGGGGCGCUGGGGGCCCGGCCGGCCUGGGCUACCGCUGCAAGCGCAAGCGCGGCGCCGCCAAGGACUGCCUGCUCGCGCCCCAGCCCAGCGCCCGCCGCCUGCUGCUGCUGCCCAGGUCCUACAAAGCCAAGGCGGCCGCGGCGGCGGCGGCGGCGGCCGCAGCGGCGGCGGCGGCAGCGGCCGCGGGGGCCACUUGCCUGGAGAGGUUCCACCUGGUGAACAGCUUCUGCCCACCGCCCCACCACCACCACCACCACCAUCAUCACCACCACCAUCACCACCACCGUGCCCAGCCGCCGCCGCCGCCGCCGCCGAGUCACCACCCCCCGCGUCACCACCGGCCGCGGCCCCAUCUGGGCAGCUUUCCCGAGAGUUGCAGCAGCGACUCGGAGUCCAGCUCCUAUUCGGACCAUGCAGCCAACGACUCGGAUUUUGGCUCUAGUUUGUCCAGCUCUAGCAACUCGGUGUCUUCAGAGGAAGAGGAGGAGGAGGAGGAGGAGGAGGGAGAGGAGGAGGAGGAGGAAGAGGAGGAGGGGGGCAGUGGGGCCUCGGAUUCCAGUGAAGUCAGCUCAGAGGAGGAGGACUCGUCCUCCGAGUCGGACUCCAGCUCCGGUUCGAGCCAAGUGUCAGUGCAGAGCAUCCGUUUCAGGCGCACCAGCUUCUGCAAGCCUCCCAGCGUGCAGGCGCAGGCCAACUUCUUGUACCAUCUGGCCUCCGCCGCCGCUGCAACCAAACCCGCUGCUUUCGAGGAUACCCGCAGACUUCCUGACCUCAAGAGUAGUGUCAAAGACGAGGCGCCGGAGGAGUGGACUACGCAGAGUUGGGCCCCUAAAGCGUCUCCGGUGUACUGCCCGGCCAACCUGGGGAGUUGUUUCACCGAGAUAAGGAACGAUAGGGUAUCUGAGAUCACAUUCCCACACUCUGAAAUUUCCAGUACUGUAAAGAAAACUGACCUGACAAUUAACUGCCUGGGGGAGGGGGCCUCUUCACCUAGCCCAAAGACAAACAAUGCAUUUCCACAACAAAGAGUGCUCCGUGAGGCUAGGAAAUGCCUUCCAGCAACUCCAGCGACACACUGUGCAGAUAACAGCACAAUAGCUGCGAGGUUCUUAAAUCAUGAUUCUCCUGGUGCAGCAGCAAAUUCCGAAAAAGAUUCCAAAACCCCUCAUUGUGCUGAAUUUGCUACGGAUUUGUCCUCUUCGAAGACUGGUCCUGGAGUGUAUGCAGGAGCAGGAGCAGCAGCAGCGACUAAAGCCGAGAGCCCCUGCACUGAAGUCAGCGAGCAGAACCUGCCAUUUCUGCACAAUGUUAAAAUCAAAAUAGAAGACAGCAGUGCUAACGAAGAAUACGAACCUGGCCUUGUUACAAAUAAGCUAAAGUGCGAGUGCAAUGAUACAAAGGGUGAGUUUUACAAUGUGGCUGAAAGUAAAGAGGAGGACGCCUUGUUAACCACAGCCAAGGAAGGGUUUGCAAACCCUGAGAAAGAAACGCCUUCCUUCACUCCACUGGCUCCAAGUCAGGGCCUUUCCUGCACUUUAGGCUCUCCAAAACCUGAGGAUGGGGAAUAUAAAUUUGGUGCCAGGGUGAGAAAGAACUACCGGAAGCUAGUCCUGGGAAAGCGACCUGGGCUUCAGGCACCUCCAGUCAAGCCAAAUUUGAAAUCAGCUAGAAGCCCUCGUCCCACAGGUAAAACUGAGACACAUGAAGGAUCACUGGAUGAUUUUACAGUUAUAAGCAGACGCAAAAAGGUAGCCAGCAAUGUAGCAUCAGCAGUGAAAAGGCCAUUUAAUUUCAUGGCAAAUUUUCCCUGUCCACCAUCACUCAUUAUUGGGAAGGAUGGGGACUUGUGGCCGGCGUAUUCCUUAAACACCACUAAGGAUUCCCAACCUCCUCACAAGGCCCAUCCUAUAUGGAAAUGGCAGCUGGGCGGUUCUGCAAUACCUCUUCCACCUAGUCACAAAUUCAGGAAAUUUAAUUCAUAAAAGUGUUUUGGAAGAUAUUUUCUUGAACCAUAUUACCUUCCUUUUGUUGUAAACUGCACAGGAUGGUUUGUACAAGUCUAUUAAUGUGUUACACCCCUUUUGGAGUCCUGGUUUAUCGCAUUUUGAAGACAGAAAUCGGAUUACUUAUUUUUUUUCCCCACUGUGGGUUUUUUUUUUUUUUUUGUAGGGUGGGGGCGGGGUGGGAGAAGGGUUGGUUUACAUUCCACAGACUACUUCAGGCUAAAGACUCAAGUAAAACUCAGUUAUUACGGUAGAGCUGGAACACUUUACUGUUUCAAUGCUAAUAAUGCACCGGGUACCUCAAUUCAACUGCUACAAAUAAAUGUCAAAAGGUUGAAUAAUAAAUAUUACAAUGAGCCAUUAAGUUUAUGCACUAGAUUUCAGACCUGAAAGUAUAACUGUUAAUUCAGUGAAAGUUUGCUAGGUUGCAUGGUUACACAGUGAGGCAGCAUGAAAUUUGUGAGCCCAAAGUGUUCUUUCCUGGAGUUCUUGUUUGUGGGCAUCUUUUUCUUUUUACUCCUCCCCUUCCCUCUCCAAGAGUAGUUGCACUUAAUUUUUUUUUUUUUUGAGUGAGUGGAAUGACUGGGGGAGUCCUGAUUGAAUGCUGUUAAAAGAUUAUAUAUAUAUACAUAUAUAUAUAUACAUAUAUAUAUAUUUGUAUUUUUUUUUUGUAAAGGGUGUGAUUUUACUUUUAUAGCCACUCCUUGCAAUUGGAAAAGUCUUUUUUGUGUCCUCAUCCAAAGGUUUAAAAGAUAAGUUGAUUCUUAACUGUUGUCCUCCUUAACUUAUUAUCUGAACAUGACUCCUCAAUCUCGCAAAACAACUGAAAUAGUUCUCUUAAUAGCAGGGUAUUUUAUGGUCUGACUCUCAAGAGUGUCAAAGCAGUAACAACAACCAAGAAAAAUAAAAGGGGUCAGAGUUGUGAGAAUAUCCCAAAUGAAGAAUAACAGUUAUUUCAGGGCUUUUUGGUACCAGAACUCAGGCACUUGGAUUUUAUUACCUAUUACUUUCCCACCUCUCUCACCUUCUGUUUUCAGACCAUCCUGUGUAUAGAACAAGAGAGUUUCUACUGCAAGUGACAAUCAGAGGUGACUAUAUUUGCACUUAAAAAAAAAAAGUAGUUCAACAUGCAAAUGUUUAGGGUUUAGCCCUUGGUAAGGGCCUUGCUGGUGUACUAUGUUGUGACAACGGAAGCAGUAAAUCAAAAUUAUGGAAAUUUGCACUGUUGAAAAUCAUGCUUUAGCUUUAUUUUCAAUUAAAAACACUGUUUAAAAUUCCCGAU